AUGGCUCGUGGUCCAGGCAAAGCUCGCGACUUCGACUACUCGAAUUUGGGAACCACGGGAAGGCGCACUGGUCUCACAUUAAAAGAGGGCCGACGCGAUGAACAUGGCAUGGAAUCAGUAGAUGGAUUAUUCUCAUCCCCCGAGAAGUCACCGGCGAGACUGAACGGUUUUGACGAUGCGGAAAAUGAGGACUCCAUGGGCUCUGAUAUGUCCAUUGAUGAAGGAAAUGCCCCAGGUCCCAUGGACUUUCUCAAUCCCCCCAAAGACCCACGCUCUCCAUUUUUGCCGCCACCGUCUCAAUCACCGGCAAAGGGUGCAGCAAGAUCUUCGCGAAGAUCACCCGUAAUUCAGUCCUCCCCAGAGCCCGAAGAAGACCUAUCGCCCAGCCCCUCCGAUGGCCGUUCUGCUACCAAAAGCAAUUCGCGAAAAGAUCCAGCUCCCUUGAGUGCUCGCUCGGCCAACGCUGGCCCAAAGAACCAAAAGAACAAUGCGCGUCAGAAAAUGAUGGACGAAUCAAUUGUUAGCGAGUUUUCUGAUGCAGAAGGCGACGAGAAUGCGGACUCCUUUGCGCCAGUCGACGAUAGGUUUGAUGAUAGCGUCAGUGCUGGCGAUGAGACGAUGAUCCCUGAGGAGGAUCUUCCAGAACUCAGUGACGAAGAGGCGGACGAAGCCGGAGCCGAUCCUGUUCCAGUUGCAGAGAGCUCGCCUCGGACCGGGAAGACGGCUAAGUCGACGAAGAAAGCGCCAGCUACCAAACCCACCAAGGAGAACGACGGAAAACCGCAGUCUGGGCCCGGGCGACGAGGACGACCUAAAAAAUCCGAACGCCCUGCUGAUGAUGCAUCGUCUGAACCCAGGCCGGCUAAGAAACAAAAGGUGUCAGCCAACGAAUCUCGGCCUCGGGAACCUCUGGACCCGGAGUUGGACCGCGUUGUUGAGAAUUACUCUCAGCGCACGGGUCCCUUGAAAGGUCGCAGUUUGCAUAUUCUCAAGCGCGAAAACCCCGCCGACAAUGCCUACACUCAUACCCGUUCCGGGCGGGCUUCCGUCCGGCCCCUUGCAUAUUGGCGGAACGAACGCUGUGUCUAUGGUUCUGGGGAGGUUGCUGAAGGGCACCGCUUCCCGUUAUCAACAAUCAAGGAGAUCAUUCGCACGGAGGAGCUCGAGCCGGAGAAGAAACCCAAGAACAAGCGUGCUGGCCGGAAGCCCAAGUCCAAGAAACCCAAGCGUGACGAAUCAUCAGAUGAGGAAGAUCCCAAUUUGGACGAGUGGGAGAAACAAGAGGGCAUCCUUCAUGGCAUUGUGCCCAAGUGGGAUAAUAAGACUCAAACCCACAGCACAGAGGAAGAGGUCAUCGAUGUUGCCUAUGCCCCUUCUGGUAUCCAAACCAGAGAGGUCAAGGGGUCCUCGUUCCGCUUCGCCAAACUACUGAGCUCUUCCUUCAUUGGAUCGGGAGUUGUUGAGCUUCCGCCAAAUGGAGUGAAGAGGCCGAAGAACUCGAAGAAGAUGCAUAUGGUAUUCUUUGUCUGCCAUGGCCGGGUGCAAGUGGAUAUCUCCGACGUCAAAUUCAGUGCUGGGAAAGGAUGCGUCUUCCAGGUUCCACGAGGAAACUACUACAGCUUCGCGAAUCCAUAUGACAAAGAGGCCCGGCUGUUCUUCACGCAAGGCUGUGUUCCAGACGAGUCCGACCAACCCGACAAGUCGCCUUCAGCUGAGGGCAAACCAAUGCAAGACAGCGAGUUUGAAACCGACGCUGGUCCUUCUGAGAAAACCACCAAGCAGGCUAAGCCCACGAAAGCUAGGGGCCGUCCGAAGGGCAAGGAAAAAGCCGAUAAAUAA